AUUCCGAUUAGUUGAUUACUGUAAAGCAGACGUCUCACUCAGUCAGUCUCACCAUUACGCUCACGUGGGAUAGUUUGAUUUUCUGUUAGUUCUCAUUUCCGAUUAUUUUUUUUCUAUUAGCCACUUUGGUAUUCGUUUUUGUUGAUAUUUUAACGAAUGGCAGGAAAAGUCCUCAGAAAAAUUUCUUCUAGUAUUUUGAAUCGUGCUUCAAAUUGGCCUAUGUUAAACGAACUGUCAUCAUUUUCUAGUGUCAGAAUGAACCAACAUCUAGCUAUGGAUCCUACUCAAGCUCUCCUACUUCAGGAGCAAUGCAUUUCCGUCGACACUAAUGAUAAAGCAGUUGGGAAUUUAUCAAAGGAAGCAGCUCAUUUACUUGGUCCAGAUGGUCAACUCCCACCUCUUCAUCGGGCCUUCAGUGUUUUUCUCUUUAAUACCAAAAAUGAGCUACUAAUGCAACAGAGAUCCAAUCACAAAAUUACUUUCCCUGGUUAUUAUACAAAUUCCUGUUGCAGUCAUCCGUUACAUAAUACAACACCUGAUGAAGCUGAAGAAGCUCACCAUGUAGGGAUCAGAAGAGCUGCUAGAAGAAGACUUGAAAUUGAACUGGGCAUCAGUCCAGACAGUAUUGAGCUGUCUGAUUUUAAAAUUCUCACCAGAAUCAUUUAUGGUGCACCUUCUGAUGCCAAAUGGGGUGAACAUGAAGUGGAUUAUAUCCUGUUUUUGAGGAAAGACGUUCCCGUAAAACCCAACCCGAACGAAGUGAGCCGCGUUGUUUUCGUCUCCCUAUCCGGCUUUCAAGAAUUUCAAGGCUACCUCGAAAAGAAUAACAUCCCCUUUACACCGUGGUUCAAACUUAUUCUCAACAGCCAUCUUAAAGUAUGGUGGAACCAAUUAGAUAAUCUCGAAAGAAUAGAGUAUGACCCUGUUAUACAUAGCCUCUAAAUGCACUGACGUAAAUCACGUCAUUUGUAGAAACUAUACGGUUUCAAUCCAAACAAGAAACAAAAUUAUUUAUUCAGAUGAAA